AUGGAGUUACUCAUUAAUUUCUCAAUCAACAUUCCACUUCCCGAUAUCGACGAGACUGUCCAGGCCUCCCUUACUCGAUUGGUCCUUGACGUUGGGUUAGACGCACCAUACCUACUCUACCAGAAUCUUGCCAGUUCAGCCCGUCAUCUCGCCAAUGUCAAACCAUCUCUAUCACCAAAAUAUUUGCGACAGGCAACAGAACUACAGCAGAGCAGCAUAGAGAAGUUCAACUCGCUAAAAUUACGCAUCGACGAUUCCAACUGCGUGCCUGCGCUUCUGUUCUCCUCUUUCUUAGCAAGAGAUAUGCUGACUGCCACGCUUGCCACCAUCCGUCAAUCCCAGGACUUCUCAUUGUUCCUGGACCAGUACAUACAAUAUAUCCACGUUCAGCGUGGAGUCGAUGCUAUUGCAAGGUCCAGUUGGCCGUUCCUUAUUCAAUCUGAACUCCGACCAUUGUUGAUCUCGGGCUUCAGGAUUUCCAAGCUAUCACCUCAGGGUCAGGAAUUGAACGACCUUAUCGCAUCAAUAACCGAAAACUCAAAAUUGGAUAAAGAGGCAAUUGGAGCCUGUGUAACUUCAGUGAAAUAUUUGCAAAUUGGGUUGGACUGUUUAUUGUCAUCAAAGUCUCGGAGCAUAGGACUGCAAAUGGUAUUCAACUGGGCAGUGUUACUGCCGAAUAAAUUCGUCGAGCUUCUCACCCUGCGUGAACCUCAAGCACUCAUCAUCCUCGGUCACUAUGCAGUCCUGUUACACCUAUGCAAGGAUGUGUGGCAGGUGGGAGACUCCGGACGUCACAUACUCAGCGGGAUCGUCAGGGAGCUACCGUCCAAAUGGGUUCAGAAGUUAUGGUGGCCGCUUUCCAUAAUCGCACUUGGAUUAGACUCCAAGGCUGCAUCUGAAGCACCACGUGGCACAAGCACCAUCGAAUAA